CCUCCCUCCGCCGCCGCCAUGGCUCGCAACAAGGAAGGGCUGGUCCUGCUGCUGGACGUCGGCCCGUCGAUGCACCGGGCGCUUCAGGAGGUCGAGAACGUCUGCUCCACCCUCGUGCGCAAGAAGCUGGUUUAUAACAGGAGCGAUGAGGUUGGCAUCGUUCUUUUCGGAACUAAAGAAACGUGCAAUGACCUUGCAAAGGAACUUGGGGGCUAUAAGCAUGUGGUGGUUAAGCAUGAUAUCAAAGUUGUUGACGAAGAAACAAAAGACGCACUUCAAAAUCUUCCAAGAGGAACUGUCCCUGGCGAUUUUCUGGAUGCUAUUGUUGUUGGUUUGGAUAUGCUGAUAAAGAGAUUCGGAAAUACCAAAGGAAAGCAACGUCUGUGUCUAAUCACUGAUGCACAACAUCCAUUAAGAGAUCCGCCCCAAGGAACCAAAGUAGAUCAGGUGGACACUAUUGCAGACCAGAUGAAAAAACAUGAUAUUAAGAUGGAUUGCAUUGUUUUCAGAGAAUCUGGCGUUCAUCACAAUUCUGUAAUGGAUGAAAAUGACCAGUUAUUAUAUCACUUCAGAGAUAGGUCAGUGGCAAAGGUAGUUCAGGUUGACACCCCAACAUCACUCUUAGGUGCUCUCAAGACUAGAAAUGUACUCCCAGUUACUAUCUUCAGGGGAGACCUUGAAGUGAGCUCUAAUUUCAAAAUCAAGGUGUGGGUCUAUAAGAAAACAUCUGAGGAGAAAUUCCCCACUUUGAAGAAGUAUUCUGAUAAGGCUCCUCCAAGCGAUAAAUUUGCCUCACAUGAAGUCAAAGUGGAUUAUGAGUACAAAAGCAUUCUAGAACCAGACACAGUUGUUCCACCAGAUCAAAGAAUCAAGGGCUAUCUUUAUGGUCCUCAAGUUGUUCCUAUAUCAUCGGCUGAAUGGGAGGCAGUGAAGUUCAAACCAGAGAAAGGUGUGAAGCUUCUAGGUUUCGCACACAGAUCCAGCAUUCCACGGCACUAUUUUAUGAAAGACGUGAAUUCCUUUGUACCUGAACCGGGAAACACAAAAGCAAUUGUUGCAGCUUCUGCCAUAGCUAGGGCAAUGCAAGAAACAGACAAGGUUGCAAUUCUGCGAUGUGUUUGGAGGCAAGGUCAAGGGAGUGUUGCUUUUGGUGUAUUGACACCCAACAUCUCAUCAGUGAAAAAUGUUCCAGAUUCCUUUUACUUCAAUAUACUUCCAUUUGCUGAGGAUGUCAGAGAGUUCCAGUUUCGCUCCUUCAGCAGACUGCCACCAUCAUUACAGCCUACGGAAGAACAGCAGGAAGCGACAGAUAACCUGGUGAAGAUGUUAGACCUUGCACCACCUGGGAGGGAAGAGAUCCUCAGACCAGAUUUCACUCCAAAUCCCAUGUUGGAGAGGUUCUACAAUUACCUUGAUCUGAAGUCAAAAGAACCAGAUGCAAAUCCCCCACCACUUGAUACAUGUCUGAAGAGGAUAACUAGGCCAGAUCCUGAUGUCAUUGAUUAUCAAGCACCAUUAAUCCAAAAUUUAGGCAAAUCAUUUGAGCUGAAGGAUAACCCCAAGAGAAAGAAAGCCCGGACACAGGAGAGAUUGGCUUAUGCUGGUCUGGACGAUCAACCUAAGAAGCCAGAAGAUCCUUCUGCAGAGAAGGCUAAGAGGAUAGACAGUCAAGCUAAAAAGUCAGAAGACCCUGAUGCAGCAAAGAUGGCUAGGGCGCUAGAAGCUAUGUUUCCUUCAACAGAGAAGGCUGGGAAGAUCGGAGAUCUAAACCCUGUUCAAGAUUUCGAAGCUAUGCUGGCAGAGAGAUCUAGCUCGGCAUGGGUUCUGAAGGCAAUUGAAGAGAUGAAGAAAUACACAACGGAUUUGAUACAAAAUUCCCCCAAAGGAGACUAUUACCAGAAGGCGCUGGAGUGUUUCGUUGCUCUGCGGAAGGCCUGCAUAAUCGAACAGGAGCCGAACGAAUUCAACCAAUUCGUGACAGAGCUCUACGAGAAUCUGAAGACGGUGGAUGAUGUUGUCAAGUUCUUCCAGCUUCUUGCGUCGAAGAAUGUUUUGCUUAUAAGCAAAGCAGAAGCAUCUGACAGCGAUGUGACCGAAGAGAUGGCGAGGAGCUUCUUUGUGAAAACAGAAGCAUCCUCUCAGUAGCAUCCACCAUGCUAGUAGCAGCUGUCUGUGGUCUCUGCGACGGGUUUGGGUUAGGACAUUUUGUGGUUUCAAAUUCUCCCGCACUACCAGCAUGAAGGGCGCCGGCGAGGGAAUGUUGGUUUGGAUCCAACAAUUGUAAACUGUGGUGCUGAUGAUUUCUGAUUAGGGGUAAAACGUAUUCAUAUCUCCCACGAGUACUUGACAUU